GAACAACGCGAACUCCUCGCGGGAUUGGAAUUGCAAAGCAAUUUGGUGUCAUUUUUAUUCUUUUUAUUUUUUGUUUCUCUUCUCUGCGAGUUCUUAGGGUUUCUGUAUUCUCUCUCGUUCUGUGAUUGAUUUCUCGGAAGUCAAACCAAAGUUUUGGCGUUUCUCCGUUUUCUUUGCGGAUCUAAGAUCCUCGUACAUCGGGCUGAUUGAAUAGGCUUAUGAAGUUCUUCUCUGCCUGCAAUUUUAGUGAGGAGGGAUUGAGAUGGAGAUUGCAGCUCUUUUAACAUCUGCUGGAAUCAACAUUUCGAUAUGCAUUGUGCUUCUGUCACUUUAUUCCGUACUUAGGAAACAGCCAGCCAAUUACUGUGUCUAUUUUGGACGAAGGCUUGUUUGUGGAGGUGCUAGACGUUAUGAUCCUUUUUGGUAUGAGAGGUUUGUGCCUUCUCCAAGUUGGCUGGUCAAAGCAUGGGAAACUAGUGAAGAUGAGUUAUUAGCUGCUGCUGGCCUUGACGCUGUUGUUUUCCUCAGGAUGGUCAUUUUCAGCAUUCGUAUUUUCUUUAUUACUGCUGUUGUUUGUAUUGCCUUUGUGCUGCCUGUAAAUUAUUAUGGCCAACCGAGGGUGCACAAGGAAAUUCAUUUGGAGUCAUCCGAAGUGUUCACUAUCGAAAAUCUUAAAGAAGGUUCAAAAUGGCUGUGGGUUCAUUGUCUUGCACUGUACAUUAUUACUUCAGCAGCUUGUCUUCUUCUCUACUUUGAGUAUAGGACCAUAGCCAAAAUGAGGCUUGGACAUAUUACUAGUUCUGCCCCAAAGCCAAGUCAAUUUACCGUUCUUAUCCGAGCUAUUCCAUGGCACCCUGAGCAAUCUUACAGCGACACCCUGAGCAAAUACUUCACAAAUUACUAUUCAUCAUGCUAUUUGUCCCACCAGAUGGUUUACCAUAAUGGUAUCAUUCAGAGACUGCUGCAUGAUGCAGAGAGGGUGUGCCUGAGUCUAAAACAUGUAUCUCCUGAAAUCAGUUGUAAACCGAGUUUGACUCCAUGUAACUUUUGUGGAGGACCUACAGCCACAAAUUCGUUUCAUAUCCUAUCUAAUGAAGGUGACAGUGUGAAAGGAAUGGAGCUUGGUGAGUUGACUGUGACUACAACAGAGCAAGAACGUCCAGCUGCUUUUGUGUUUUUUAAGACACGUUACGAUGCACUUGUUGUUUCAGAGGUUCUACAAUCAUCAAAUCCUAUGUUAUGGGUGUCGGACUUAGCUCCAGAACCUCACGAUGUGUAUUGGAGGAAUCUUAACAUACCAUAUCGACAACUUUGGAUACGGAGAAUAGCAACUCUUGUUGGUGCAGUUGCCUUCAUGUUUGUGUUUCUUAUUCCUGUGACCUUCAUUCAAGGUCUGACUCAGUUAGAACAGCUGUCUCAUGCAUUUCCUUUUCUAAGAGGUAUCUUGAAGAAGAAGUUUAUAAACCAGGUCAUCACAGGGUACUUACCCAGUGUGAUACUGAUUCUGUUUUUCUACGCCGUUCCACCACUGAUGAUGUAUUUUUCAGCCUUGGAGGGAUGUAUAUCACGGAGUAUAAGGAAGAAUAGUGCAUGCAUCAAAAUCUUAUAUUUUACCAUUUGGAAUGUGUUCUUCGUGAAUAUUUUAUCCGGGUCUGUUAUCAGGCAACUGAAUGUCUUCUCUAGUGUCAGAGACAUACCUGCACAACUUGCAAGAGCAGUGCCGACACAGGCUGGCUUCUUUACGACCUAUUGUUUCACAUCUGGCUGGGCCAGUUUGGCUUGUGAAAUAAUGCAACCUAUGGCUCUUAUAUGGAAUCUGGCUGCAAAAGCUAUUUCAACGAACAAGGAUGAGUCAUACGAAACACUUAGGUUCCCAUACCAUACCGAAAUUCCUCGGUUGCUUUUGUUUGGGCUCCUGGGUUUCACCAACUCAGUCAUAGCGCCACUUAUUCUACCGUUUUUGCUGAUAUACUUCUUCCUUGCAUAUCUAAUAUACAAAAAUCAGAUACUCAACGUGUAUAUUACGAAGUACGAAAGCGGUGGAAAAUACUGGCCUAUCUUUCACAACACAACAAUCUUCUCACUGAUCUUGACACAGAUUAUUGCUUUGGGUUUUUUCGGACUAAAGCUAUCAACGGUUGCUUCGGGUUUCACCAUACCGUUAAUUCUUCUCACUCUGCUCUUUAGUGAGUAUUGCCGGCAUAGAUUUGCGCCAAUAUUCCAUAAGCAUCCCGCUCAGGUUCUUAUAGACAUGGACAGAGCUGAUGAAAUGACAGGAAAGAUGGAAGAGUUACACAAAAAGUUGCAUAGUGUAUACUCCCAAAUACCAUUACACCUUCAGAAAUCAUCCAGCAACGGUGAAAGCAGUACUCCUUUCGCAAAUCAGGAGUUACCAGAUCCUGAGAAAUUGAAGCCAGAGGAAGGGGACGCCAUAGCUAAAGAGUUAUGGGGCUUCCAGGGCAAUGAAUCUGGUCAAGAACAUGACACUAAGUCAUGUCCCAGUGCUUCUUCACCAGAGCAUUUAACCCCUAAGAUGAUCGAGCUCCACAAACGGAACUAGAACGUUUAAUUAAUGAUUUGAAGUGCUAUUCAAUUACUGGGGCUCGAAUUCAUUAAAGUGCGGUUUAAGCAGAAGAAUUUUCUGUUGAAGAAGCUCAGCUUCUAAAGGAGCCAAUGGUAAAUGGGAAUAUACUCACUGACUGAAAGAAAGAUAAAUGGUAAAAGUUGAAUUGGAACGUUUUUCAUUUUCUUUAGUUGAAACUCCUAUAAAUUCUGUAGGAGUAAAUUGGAGAAAGCAUGUAGAGUCUUCUUGCUUAAAGAUAAAGCUGUACAUUUUAUAGUUGUUGCAAGAAGAAAUGUAUUAGUACUCAACUUUUCUCAAUAGAAUAAUUAAGAG